AUGAAUCCGCGUAGUUGCUUUCACCGGGAUUUUGGUAUAACAUACAACAUAGUUGUCCUAGCCUCACUAAUAAAUGACAAUGUCAUGGGUGCAAUGUUUCUCCGCGGUUUUCCGUGGUUGGGGGUGCCAGCGAUUGACUUCGCCAUAACCAGUCAUCGUUCCUGCAAAUUCAUUGCCUUUCUGACGUCCUUCCUUUGUGCCUGCCGAGCUAACCUUUUAUUAGCUCACUGUCUGCUCCACGUUUUUUCGGUCGAGUUACAUAGUGAACGCAAAACCAUAAACAUAACCAUGGGACUCCUUAAUAUGGCCUGCGUCCUCGUUGCUGCUUUUAUGGCAGCUGCCUCACCGAUUGUCCACGGAGUGUGGGCCAUUGGCAACCGAUUCGCCUGCCUCCCGGACCCGGAGUGGCCUCAUGCCCUGGUCAUUUUCUACAUGGUCCACAAGGCACUCUUCUGUGAUGCGCUCGCACAAUCUCUUGUCAUACUGAUAGCUUGUUUCCAGCUCUACCAAAUAAGGCAGCACCUUAGGCAAACUGCAAUAUGUCUUAGGUUCAAUAGUGAAUCUAAGUUUCUGCUCUUCUCCAGUUUACAAAAACUACGAGAAAAAACUCUGCGUACUUGCGAAUGUCUUCGAGUGGUGUAUGUACACGCGGGUUUUAUAGCCACGUUAAGGAUUAUUCAAGGCUGUGUCACAUUUGCCUUCGCCAAUGUCAUUUAUGGUAGUGGACGACGCCACGUCUUUGAAUCGGGAGUACGUGAAACCCUAGUAUCCUACUUUGCAACUUUCGAUCUGAUAAAUCUUUGUGAAGUAAUUGCGAACCUCUUGCACACAUGGGUAAUCUACUUCUGGCAAAUGACAAUGCGAAAUGCCCUCUUAAGGUGCCUUAUUUCUCUAUUUCGACCCUUUAAGAAGUUGAGAGACUCCUUGCAUGGCUUGCUGUACACUGACAGGAUUGGAUUUCCAAAGGAAGGUGAGGAUAACGUACCAAAGGAAAGGAGAUCUGAGCCUUCCAAAAGAAGAGAAGUUGACAGAGCAUUUUUGGAGUAUAUGUGGAUGCUAUCAAGUUGGCUAAAUGAAAAAGAACUUAAAGGCACACUUGAGUGGCUUGUCAACGAACAGGGUUUACCAGAAGAGCUUGAAGUAUUUAUGAAGGAGAAUAAAAUUCUCGUUUAG